AUGGCAGAAACCGCUCCAGCUGCAGCUGCCCCGCCGGCCAAAUCGCCCAAGAAGAAAUCUGCUGCCAAACCCAAGAAAACGGGUCCAAGCGUCGGUGAUCUCAUCGUCAAAACUGUGACCGCGUCCAAGGAGAGGAGCGGCGUGUCUCUCGCCGCCCUGAAGAAAGCUCUCGCCGCCGGUGGAUACGAUGUGGAGAAGAACAACUCCCGCGUCAAGAUCGCCGUUAGGAGUCUGGUGACUAAAGGGACUCUGGUGCAGACCAAAGGGACCGGCGCCUCCGGCUCAUUCAAGCUCAACAAGAAACAAGCCGAGAGCACGAAGAAACCCGCCAAGAAAGCCGCUCCUAAAGCCAAGAAGGCCGCAGUCAAGAAACCCGCCGCUGCUAAGAAGCCCAAGAGUGCCGCGGCUAAGAAACCUGCCGCCAAGAAAUCUCCCAAGAAGGCGAAGAAACCAGCAGCCGCUAAAAAGGCAACGAAGAGCCCCAAGAAGGCAAAGAAACCAGCAGCCGCCAAGAAAGCAGCCAAGAGCCCCAAAAAGGCCAAAGUUGUCAAACCCAAAACGGCAAAGGCUAAAGCAGCCAAGCCUAAGAAAGCAGCUCCCAAAAAGAAAUCAGUUGAAUUGAAAAUGAGCGGCAGAGGUAAAACCGGCGGUAAGGCGAGAGCGAAGGCUAAGACUCGCUCAUCCAGGGCGGGACUGCAGUUCCCCGUCGGCCGUGUGCACAGACUGCUCCGCAAAGGAAACUACGCUGAGCGCGUCGGCGCUGGUGCUCCUGUGUAUCUGGCCGCUGUGCUCGAGUAUCUCACCGCUGAGAUCCUGGAGUUGGCCGGAAACGCCGCUCGGGACAACAAGAAGACCCGUAUCAUUCCCCGUCACCUGCAGCUGGCAGUGCGGAACGACGAGGAGUUGAACAAACUCUUGGGUGGAGUGACCAUCGCUCAGGGUGGGGUGCUGCCCAACAUCCAGGCUGUGCUGCUGCCCAAGAAGACCGAGAAACCCGGCAAGACCAAGUAA